ACGGUGUGGUGGAAUAUACCAUCCCCGAGGGUGAUGUGUAUCGUAUGGAUCCACGAUUGCACGUGUCCCUGAACGAUAGUAGCUACGAUGGUUGGUGGACUAGUACACUCGAAUCGACCGAUGCGACCACGUGGCCCGGUUUGAAAACUCUAUCCAACGUCCCGGAUCGUCGUGCCUACUUGCACGGUGGUCUCGGUCUGUUGAUGGAUAAACAGUACUACGAUGGUCAACUCCCCGAAUCCGAUGGAUCGCACAAUGUGGUCGGUUGGUUUUGUCGUCAGCAUUCCACUCCAUCUGGACGAAUCCAGCUCAUGUUUGUCUUCGAUCAAGUGCGCAAUUUUACUCAGGCCCGGUUUCAUGUACUCAAUUCGUUGAACUAUGUAGCCGUGUUCCGGCGUGCCUUAAUUCAGUUCAGUGUGGGCGGUCAGCAUUUCAAUCGACAUCACACUCCCGCCUUGCUGGAUGUGCAACGAGAUAUUCACAAUCGACAAGCGCGUUGGGUCACUGUUCCGCUGGAGCAUCGUGUGGGCCGAUUUUUGCGUAUCACCCUCUGGUUCGAUUACGAUUGGAUUGUCCUGUCCGAGAUCAGUUUCGACUCGAGUAAGUAA